CUCUGCAGGCUGCAUCAGUCACGAUUAGGAACUGCCCGCUGCUGCACUGACAACCAGCAAUAUGAAAUUCCACAUCGUUCUUGCCGUCAUUACUUUGGCAUCUCCCUUGUAUGCCCAAUCGGAAGAAAAAGUCAUUGAGAAAAGGGGUAUCAGUCUUGGUUUGCAUGGUUUAGGCGGCGGUGGCAUAGGCGGUGGUCUAGGAGGCGGUCUGGGUCAUGGAGGAGGACUUAGUAGUCAUUCAUAUAGUCUUCCAGUAGCUCGUAUCUCCAGCGGAUACAGUAGCGGUGGACAUGGUUACGGCGGCGGUUACGGCGGCGGUUACGGCGGCGGUUUCGGUGGAGGACACGGAAGAAUUCUUAGCGGUGGCUACUGGUGAAACGAUUGACGUUAAUUGAUGAGAUUUAUUACUUGGUGGUGUCAUGUAUUUUUAUGUAUCUUAUAUAUUGAUUAAACGAGUUUUUUUAUACUGAUGUGCAAAAUAAAUGCUGAUAAUUUCUCAUA